AGGGUUGUAAAGGGAGAAGGAAAGACAGAGAGGAAGGAGACUGGGAAAGGAAGGGAAAGAAGAAAGACUGCUAGAGAGAGCACCAGAAAAGUGUGGAAAAAACACAGAAUAAAGAAGAUGUCAAACAAUAGAAAGACACAGAGUGUGUGAAUAAGAAAGAAGAACAGAAGUCUGCAGAAAUAAGGAAUGUGACAGAUACACAGGAAAAGGAAUACGGCCACUCAGUACUACAAGGAGGCUGAAAAGGAGAUUAACAGCCCAAUAAAUAAGUCCAAUAAAAGGACAGGAAAAAAGGAAAUAUAUUAUUGCAAUUGACAGAGAAUAGAGUCAUUAAGAAUGUUUCCCUACCCUGGAGAUGUAACAAAAGAGCAUAAGGCUCAAGCAGCAGCGAUAGCCAGAGAAAUGCAAGGGGAAGCUUCUCACUUUGAUCUUGGUAAAAAGGUCAGCAUUCCUCAGGAUUUAAUGAUGGAGGAACUGCAUCUAAAGCGCAACCGUGGUUCAUGCAUGUACCUGGAGAGACAGAAGAGAGUACAGAAGUUUACCUUUGAAUACCCAGCAAACCAAGUCAAUUCUAACUUUCAGCAAGGUGUCAAUAUAAACGCAUCCCAGUCUGGCCAAACAAUGAGCAACUGCACAGGAGGCUCUGAGGGAGUUGGUGGUAAACAGACAUUUCACUCUGAGAUCCAAAUAAGUCAAGGUGGCAACAGAAACCCACCAAAUGUACCUAAGAAGUCUGCCAAAGUCUUACAGAUGAAGAUGUCCUUGAACCCAGGUGCAAUCGCCCCAGGUUACCCAGGUCCAUUGACAGGUGUCCCCUAUGAGAAGUUUAAUAGCACAGCCAUCCCUAAAUCAUACCGAUCACCAUGGAUUGAGUACCAAAACGAAGAGCAGAUAAUACACAGACUUGAGGAAGUGAAGAAUCCUCCAGAGAUACCCCUUAAUGUUUCAUACCGCAGCUACAACAGAACACCUAUCCCCUUUGGAAGUUUCUCUGUUUUUGAUAGUUUAUCAGCUCCAACUAUAUUUGAAGAACUACAAGCUCAAAUAGAAGAAUCAACAAGUGGACUGGAACUAAUGUGUCAAAGGCCCAGCUUUAACCGUGCACCUCGUGGGUGGUCCAUGAAAUUUAUACCAGAAUCAGAUGAUCUGUAACAAAAAUUUUUGUAUCAAAUCUGCACUUUGUUAAAAACAUUGUAAAAUGGAGAAAUGCAUUUGAAAUUGAUAAUAUUGCUUUCAGAAUGUCUACAUCUUUUAAAGGAUUUUAAUAUUUUUGUGUCAAUAACCAAUACCAUUGUCAAAAGUCUUAAAGGGACAUAAAAGUAAAUUUGUAUUAUUAUCAGCAAUUAAGCACUGAUUGGUAAAAGAUUUGCAGACACAACUUGUUUUAAAAAAAAAUGUUUUACAGUUUAGGGACAUACCCUUUUAGAAGCCUCUCGAGCAUGUUUCAUUUAUAAACAUAUAUAAAUAAAUUCAUGUACUAACAAAGUAACAUAGUAACAUAGUAAAUGUGGUUGGAAAAAGACCGUUUAUGGGCCUUGAAUAUAUUUAUAUAAAGUAAUCAUGUCACUUCUCAUGCGCCUUUUUCUAAAGAAAACAGACCCAGUUUGGCUAGCCUCUCCUCAUAGCUUAAAUUAUCCAUUCCCCUUAUUAGCUUUGUGGCCGUUCUCUGAACUUUUUCUAGUUCUGCAAUAUCUAUUUUUGCGAUCCCCAGAAAUGCACUCCAUACUCAAGGUGAGGUCUUACCAGGGAUUUACAUAGUGACAGAAAGAUGUUAGAAAGUUAUAUUGGGCUGACAUUUUAAAUUAAUGUACAAGUUCCCAAGCAGAAUGAUCAAAUGCUAAAUGAGAAAUGUCUAAGGACAAUGUGUAUCUAGUGUCCAUUAUAUUCUCUGAUCUUUUAAAGUGACAUAUUACUCAUAUACACAUUUCAAAUGGUUCAGCAAUUGGGUAAUAUGACCCUUUAAGAAAGAAAGGGAAAGCUCUAUGGUUCUUAUCUGCUGUUAGUACCAAUUUCUUCAUGUACAUAUGAUCUCUACUUAAUAAAUCAUCCACUUAGACCUUCAAUUGUUUGGCAUUAUUAAUUACAGCAAACCAUACUUAUGUUCCCCUAUGCCAAAUUAAUAAGAUAAGUAGUUACUAAAGAACAAGGAAGAUUUAGACGUUUAUACCAUACACAAGGUUGGACUAGGCUGGGGACAGGGAGGCAAUUGCCCCACGGCCGUCAUCAGUGGAGGAAUCAAGGCAGACAAAGCUCACCAGUCUGCUUAAGUCCCUAAAUUUGGCUCUGCAUUUGUCCCAGGCAGUGUUGUUAGUGAGAGAAAUGGCAUGCUGCACACAGGACAAAAGUAUUUAGGGACUGGUGAGCUGCUUUAGUUCUGAUUCCUCCAAUGAUGGCACCACGGGUAGCAAUAAUAAGGAGGAGGGCUCAGACAUUGCAAGUACAACUAGGCUGCACCUCUUGGUAUAUGAUCUUCAUAAUUAAACAUUGCACAUGAGUGCCAUCAUAUUACCAGCUGUGGAAAGUAAAAAUAACUAUGUAUAUUGUUUCUAGCUAAAUCACUAUUACUUGCCCCUGUACCAAAAGUUGCCAGUCCUCCCCUGGUCAUACGUAUAAAAGAGCAUUAUUCAAACAAGCAAAGAAAUAUGUCUGCAGUGUAGGAUAAAAUUAUUGAUUUUAAUUUUGAAGCUAACAGGAAGUACAUGGCUAUGCCCUAAGGACAGAUUGCUCAUUGGCUGAUACGUUGGUGAAGAGUGAAAAGCCUCAUAAUAAUAUAACAACUAAAUAUAUUACGAUUCUCAAUACAGCAACAUUUAAAAAAAAAAAAAAAAAAAUAGUAAAUUGUAAAAUGCUUUUUUUUAGGUGAAAAAAACUUGCUGCAAAAAUAGUUAAUUAAUAACAUUAUUUUACUGUAACCAGAGAAAGGCUGAUUUCAAAUGACAAUAAAUGCCUAAAAUAUAUUAUGCUUAUUAAAAAUUUUAGAUUAGAUAGACGAGAGAGAUAAAAAAAAAUACAUUUUGAAAAUUGCUUAUUGUAGAUGCAAAGCAAGAAAAAAAUACUUUAACAAUGCCCCUUUAAGAUUUAAAUGCAGUGGUGUAUAAGUUGAGACAGGUAUGCUCAUACUAGGGAAACCUGGAUUUUGACUGAAAAGAGUUAUUAGUAAUGACAGAGAGAAAAAUAAGUUUGCUGAUCAUAUAAAGGAAAGCUAUUAUUUUCAUAUUUGUGUGCACAGGGAAAGCAAAUUAUUUUUUAUACUUAAAUUCAUAUUUUUCAAACAAAAUCUACAUAUAUGAACAAUCCUGCCUGACAUGUAAAUGGUAUCAUAGUUGUGCAAUGCUUUCUGAAUUUUAGUCUGUAAAAAUUGUUUUAACAGCUCAUUACAUUGCUUUUUGUGAUAUAAUCCCUUAGUUCAGCUUUCAGAACAAUAUGGCUUCAGCCUGCAUAUAAUAAUAAAUAUGGGUGAAUUGCUUAAAAUUGUGUGCAAUGUUCUUCUGAGUCUCCACUUAAAGUAACUGCAGCAUAUGACAUAAAUUGUAGGUUACAUUUUCAUCUCCCUAAAGAAAUGCAGCCUUUUGUUUUAUCUGGACAAAAAUGCAAUUUAAAAUUGAUGAGUGUAUAUGGCAGGAGCUAUAAAACUGCUGCUGAACUUUCCCCUUGCUGUGUACAAAACCCUUUGCAAGAAUAGCUGAGUAGUUCUUGCAUGGAAGAAAUAUUUCUGCAGAGCAGCUUUUUAUAGUUAGUGUUGUUAUAUAUUGCUUCAUGCACUCAUUGGGACAUAAAAGGAGUGCAAACGUACAAGCUAUUUUAGAAUUUAAGCAUUGCUAGGUUAUGCACGAUCAUUCGUGACUUGUAAAAAAGACUUGUAUGGGCUUGUCAAUUUAAACUGAUACAUGACCCGUGAAAUUGAAAGACAACAUGUAAAUGAAUUGUGAUUAAUAAACACUUAUGGUCUUGACAACUAUUGGAAAA